AUGGCUCCCUCUGACAAGGAGAUCGAGGCGACGAUCCUCGCAAAAGUCCGCGAGGUCUUCAAGACGGAUAUCGACAGCCUCAACGUGAACUCCGUUCGAAGGCGCGUCGAAUCUGACCUCGGACUCGAAGAUGAAGUGCUCUCUUCAGGAAAAUGGAAGGAUAAGAGCAAAAAGAUGAUCAAGGAGCUCGCUACCAACCUCGUGGAGGGCAAUGCCGACCCCGAUGAUGAAGCCGAACCUGAGAAAGACGAGGAAGAUGCGAAGCCGAAGAAAGCUGGCAAGCGUCAAGCUGCCGAAAAGUCAUCACCUGCGAAGCGCAGAAAGCGCGCCUCUGCCAAAGUAAAAGAAUCCGAUGCGAGUGCUUCUGAGGAGGAGAAGCCAAAACCUAAGCCGAAACCGAGGAAAAAGGCAGCACCGCGGAAGAAGAAGGAGGACGCUCCUGUGAUCGACUCCGAAUCUGACGAAGCGAGCCCUGCCAAGCCGAAGGCGUCUAAACCCACCAACGGACGUGCGAGCAAGGUUGAAGAUAGUGGUUCAGACGCGUUAAGCUCCCCGCCUGACAGCGAGGACGAGAAGGCUGAGAAUAAGGAGGAAAAGCCACAAGAAGAGAAGGUUGAGGCAAAGAAGGAUGACGAGUCAACCGAGAAGCAGCCUGAAGCUUCCGACGACAAGAAGGCCGAGGUUCCAGCUGAUGACACGACUAGCGAGCUAUCAGACGUGAUAGACGAGCCACCCAAGCCCAAACGCAAGAAGAAGGAAGCCGGAGCUGGCAGCAAGACCAAGGCCAAGGCAACCAAGCCGAAGAAGGCACCGGCAGCCCCAGAGAACCCCGACGAUGCAGAGAUUAAAAAGCUACAGUCCCACUUGGUCAAAUGCGGUAUUCGCAAGAUCUGGGGCUUCGAGUUGAAGCAAUACGGAGACGAUACCAAGGCCAAGAUGAGGCACCUCAGAGGCAUGCUCAAAGACAUUGGCAUGGAUGGUCGCUUUUCAGAAGCGAAGGCAAAAGAGAUCAAGGAGCGAAGAGAACUGGAGGCGGACUUGGAAGCAGUUCAGGAGAUGAAUGCCAACUGGGGCGUAGAAGGCAGAUCAUCUCGAAGCAAGGCGCGCGGACAGCCAGCCCCCAAGAAGGCUGUGAAGGAUGAUGCUUCUGAAGAUGAGAACGCCAAAGACGACGACGAUGAUGAUGAGGAUCAAGAGUCACAUAUCCCGUCGCGGGCACGAGGCAAGGCGCGAGCGGACCUGGCGUUCCUCGGGGACGACGACGAAGAAUCGGACUGA